CGUGAAUCUCAUCAAGAUCUUUUUCGAGCAUGGAGUCGUGAGAUCAGAGAUUGCAUCUCUGAAAGACGAACGACCCGGUCUAGACCUGGACAGGUUGUUUAUAAAAUGCUCGAAGCAUCCUAGACAAUGCUAUCAUUUUUUCCUUAUCAUCAUCGACAACAGAUAAUCACAGAGCAACACAAAGAGCCUCACCCAUAUUCCUUCGGACCAACCAUUCUCAAUAAACAUGCAGUUGAAGAACGUUCUCGCCGUCUUCGCCGCUCUCAACCUCGUCACCGCCGCCCCGACCCCCGACGAGGACAGCCUCGAAUUCGUCGACGGUCCCGAGGGAGGUGCUGAUGAGUUUGAGAUCGUGAAGCGAGGAGAGGCCUCUUUCUGGUGCAAGGGAGCUGUCGUCAAUGACAAGUACAAAGGUGGCGUGGCCGGUACCAAAUGCGGGUGGUCCUGUAAGUUCAAAAAAAACCCAGUGCCCGUUUUUGGGCGGAUGCAUGUAAGUUCUCUGACCGAACGGGCUCAAAAAAGAUGAGAAUGGCUGCGGCAACCUCAUCUGCAAGAGUGGCAAGUACAUCGCCUGGCCAGCUCCAAAAUGGGGCAAGUGGGAUUCCUACAUCGUCUGCAGCUAGAUGCCUGAGCGUGGCUGCAAGAACCGUGCGGGGGCACUUCGGCUGUGGUAGCUCCAUGUUGUGCGAUGCAUUGGAGAUGAUCUACCCCAAGGCUUCGAAUAUUGAUGGCUAUGAUUUUUAGUUACGUUAG